GCGAGUGUUCCUUCAAAAAUUGAACUUAAAUAGGAAUUUAUUUUAUUCUACAAAUAUUAUAACAUGAACUUUACUUUCAAUCUUUUUUUAUAUUUUUGCAUAUUGUUUGCAUUUUGUAGUUUCUUGCAUAUUCAAAUUUCCUAUAAAUCCAUAAAGAUCCGCAGUCUAUUCAUAACCUAUCAUCUAUCACCCACCAUCCCUCGCUAAUCUCCCAUGUUCCGUAACCCAUCGAUAGAUAUACAACGUAGAAUAUUCUCGAAAGUUCCCUCGAGUAAAACAUGUAAAUUUCUUAGUCUACCCUAAACCCUUUGACGUCCUAUGUCGAGCGAGACUCGACAGAACCGAAAUCAGAAAAUCUGGACUCCAAAGGGAUAAAAAGCUUCUCUUGGAUUCCUGUAAACUUUCCUAAUUAUAAUAUGGUAACGAUACAGGUCGUAUACAAUACUGGUCACACAAUGGCAGGAUAUACCACUCUAUGGUGCAUGCACGGCUGCUACGAUAAAGCGUUAGUAACGAUAGAAAAAGGCCUAGACUGUAAUCCUUACAAUCCAGGAUUCACUUUAUUAAAAGCAAUAGUCCUGCGAUUAUCUGGCCGACUCGGGGAGGCGAACUCCUGGUUGGAAGACGUUAGCAAAAAUUUCUACAAACUCGCCGAGUCCUCCAAAGACACGCAGGAGUCGAUCAUGGGAAAGCUUACGAUUGAUAAAACCAGAAAAGAAUUGAUUAAACAGUGGUACUUGAUACGGUACGACGAGGCGGUGGAAUGCAUCCUAAACGAUAAACUCGAAACAGCGGCGCGCAUCAUUUAUAGCAGUAAACUCGCCAAAUAUUUCACGGAAGCGUAUAUUUUACUCGGUGACAGUUUCUUUAGACGCGGAAACGACGACUUGGCGUUGGAGAUGUACCUGAAAUGCCGCGAAAAAAUGCGGAAGCUUCGACUACCGGCUUCUCGAAAUGCUAUCGAUGUAACGGAACGCAUAAUCGAUAUCCUGAACGAUCGCGCGAAAAUAGCGGUAUCUAAGGGGCACUCGAAAGAUGCUAUUAUUCUAACCAAGCAGGUUCUUCGAAUACUCGACGAAGAUCAAGUGGAAUUAAAUAAAUUAGGACCUCAACGAGGCUGUGCACUUUUACACAAAGCUCGUGGGCUUUUUCAAAUGGAAAUUAAGUCGAAAGAACGCAGUAAAGAGUGCUGCGAAUCGGCAGCCGACAGCUUGAGAUUCCUGCGCGAAUUAUGCGAUACGGGGCUCUAUCGAUCUUUGUAUGGCAAUCGAUGUACAGAAGACACCAUUGACAAAUUCGCGCCAAAACGAAAACUCCCGCGCUCGCUUAAAAUUCUGAUGCAAUAUUCUUAACUAAUGAAACACUUUGAAUGUGUUAACUUCUUCGUUAAUUCCUUUAUUCCUCUUUUUUUAAUAUUUUAAUCUGUUGACAGUUUUGUCGCAUAUAUUACAAAUAUAUUGCAAAUAAAGAGGAAGAAAAAAUAUAAGUUGAAUUGUUUAAUUAUGACAGUAUUAUUGAAAAAUUACACUGUAUAGGAUAGGCUAAUAAAAGAUGUACCAAUUUUUAAAUAUUAGGUGAACCGGAAAAUAAUGUCGUUUUUGCAAUUUUAAAUACUUGUUUAUCGUUCAUCACCUCAUUGAUUUUUAUCGAUCUGGCAUUGACAAUUUGCACACUAGAUGGCAAAAGGCUAUUGAUAACGGGAGCGAUUAUACAAUUAAUAAUUAAAAAUAGAAAUUUAUAAAAAAUUUGUUUGAAUUUAAUGUAAAAGAAACGACAUUACUUUCCAUUCCACCUAAUAUAAUUCUUAAAACACAUAACAUACACAUGUAGUAAUAAUACAAAUAAAAGAUGUAAAGGUAAUACAUCUGAUGCAAUAUUUGAAAAGAAUUUCAUUGAAGAUAUCUGUAUCUUCUUCUUAUAGUAAACAUACGAUGUCCCCACAUUUUAAGCAACUUUUGCAUGUAAUUAAAAUUGAAAGGGAGUGGUAAUCUCUAGAUUAAAGAUAUCGAGAAAUAAAUGAUUCUUUGGAACGUUUUUCAAAUGAUGAAAUAUAAAAUUAAGUCAUUUUAAGUCCUUUAUUUUAUAAGAUAUGCUAUAUACAUAAAUAUGUAUUAGGUUGCCCUAAAAGUUUCUUUCGUGAGUUGCAUUCAAUUAUUUACUAUGGCAGUGUUUAUAUAAAUAGGCAAUCUAAUUUCUUAGACAUUGAUGCUGUAACAGUAAUGGAGCGAAAUGAAUUGUACACAAUUUUGUAAUGUAACAUAAAACAUAAAGUAUUGUGUAUAUAUUAAUUAUUAAUAAAACGAAUGAAACUUUUGGGACAACCUAAUACAUAAUAUUUUAUUGUAAGGAAGAAACAAUUGAAAUAAUUUCUAAAUUAAAACAAAAUUUAUCUCAACAAAACCGAGUCUGUUUCAUGGCAAAAUACCAUUCUAUCUUAUGUCUCCCAGUGGUCUUAUGUCUCCCAAUGGAUCUAUCAGCUCGUUUAUUUUCUGAGAAUAACCCAAUAUCGUUUUUUAUGUUACUCGCUACGCUACAACAAUUGUAAGCGUGUAAACGGCGGUGAAAUAUCUUGAGUCUUAAGAUUAACGCGACCUCGGUAAUCUUGGGCCACAAUUUCACUUCGGUAUAUAAGGCGUGACAUUCCAAAAUGCAGACAACAAAUUGCGUGAUUGAAGUUUCAGAGUUGUCGUGCACGUUCGCGAAUCAAGAAAUCUCAAAAAAAUUCCAAUGGAUCAGAAAGCCAUGUCUGAGAAAGUAAUCCUCAUCACCGGUGCCAACUCUGGCAUUGGUAAGAGCUUGACAGAGCUUAUGGUUAGCAUGGGAAUGAAAGUUGUGGGCAUCGCUCGUCGUAUGGACAAGUUAAAGACACUUGCCGAAGAACUGAAAUCACAGCCAGGCAAGCUUAUUCCUCUUCAGUGCGACCUUACUAACCAAAUGGACAUCCGGAAUACGUCGGAAUGGAUCGAGAAGAACCUGGGUACCGUAGACAUCCUGAUCAACAGCGCCGCAAUUAAUAUAGACCUCACGAUACAAAACAGCAAUAUGGAUGACUGGAAGAAGACUCUUGAUGUGAACUUGCUUGGGUUGAUUGCCAUGACCAAAGAAACAUUGAACAUGAUGAAGAAGAAAGGAAUGAACAAUGGUAUGAUCGUGAACAUGAAUGAUACAUGUGGAAUGAGGAUGCCAACGAUGCUUGGAGGUCCAAUGGUGCCUAAAGGUCCAAUGUCCCCCGCUUAUAUCGCCAGCAAGUCCGCUUUAACAGCCUUCACGGAAAACCUUCGCAUGGAACUAGCGCAACAGGAAUCGAAUAUUAAAGUCAUGUCCAUUUCUCCUGGCUUGGUGGAGACUGAGAUGACCACACAGUGGCUGAAGCAGAAUCCACGCAUGGCGUUAAAACCCAGAGAGGUAGCCAACGCUAUUCUCUUCGCAUUGCAGACUCCGGACACCGCUCUGGUCAAGGAACUUGUAAUUACACCCCUUCGUGAAACAAUGUAAAAAUGAAUCUACCUGCUCUUUUUUUCGCUAUAGUUUCACACACGAUAUCAAUUAACUCAGUGUACAUACGUAAAAUAAAUACUUUAAAGUACAUUACUCGAGCGUUAAGAUAUUUAAGACGUUGUUUGUAAUUUAAAAAAUAACGAGGCGAAAAAGAUAUUAAAAAAUGCUUGCUUGCUUCUAAACCUGUAGAAGAUACUCUUCUCUCGAUCAUCCAAAAAGAACUAUCAACAGAAGAUUAAGACAUUACACUUUCAUUCCGUACUUUGUGUUACUCACCAAGUAAAACUGUAGACGUUUCAGGAUCUCUAUUUCCUUAGAUAGUGGAACCCACUUUUCUUCAGAGAUAAUAAUAAUCUUCAUUGUUCCCUUUUGGGUUACAAUUCUUCAGGGAUGAGAAAUAAAUUUACAAAUUGAGAUACAAUAAACCGAUACACUAAUUUCAUACAAUCAAAAUAGUUCAUUGUACAUCUUAUGUUAAAAGAAAUUAUUUUAGUAGCCAAUACGUGUUUAAAUACAUUAAUUAAUAAACGAUGUUUCAUGCUCAAACAAAUAUGUUUUUAUUAAUUGAAAAUCGAAAUAUCGAUGUUUUACAAUGAAUAAGAACAUACUGUUUGUUUGAUUCCAAUACACUGUUUAUAAGUACAUAUAUUUUAAUACGCGUUUUGUAUCAAGUUAGAUAAUACUUCAGUUAGAUCUAUAUCUUAGAAAUAAUAUUCAUCAAAUUCCCUGUAAUCUUUAAUUCUUGUCUCCAGUAUAAAAAAACAAUAGAUAUUAACCACGUAAUCAUAAAAGAGAUACUUCUGAAUAAGACACAUUAGCCGAGGAAAGGAAUUCAGGAUAUUUAAAAACAUACUAUUGAUUAAUAAUGUAUGUAAAUUUUUUAUUGCCUCUUCUUGAGUAGUCGACGAUUAGGAGCUCUGUAAAAUUUCUUUUAUCGUCGAAGGAUAAAAAAAAUAACUUAAUGCCAAAACAUAACAAUUAAUCAUCUAUUUGAAAGGAGACUGGAAGCUAUCAUGGAAAGGUUAAUACUACUACCAGGAUGACAGACGCUCGAACUGCCAACAUAUAUGAAAGACAUUUUUUAAGGGUUUAAACGUGUGUAAGCUGAACGUAAGAACAUGAACGAUUAAUUCAAACACACUUAAACAUCUUUCAAACAGACGAGUAUUAUGUAUCUGUUAUUUGAGAAUUUUUGUGCAGGUGUAAAUAUUAUUGGUUUCUCUGAAAGGAAUGUUUAGUUAGAGUCUAGCAGGAGUCUAUUUACUAAAUACUUUUCAAUGUUUUAGCUGCAUGUUAAUCCUUUCCACAAACUGAAACUAAAAUAAUAUUCCAUUUUAUUUUAAUGAUACCUUCUGUGGAGUACCAACAUGUGACUGAAACCUUAAGGAAAUUGGUAAACAAUCUCCUGCCGCAGAAAACCAAUAAUAUUAAAGACUAUGCAAAAAUUCUCCACACAUUCAGUCGCGAAGAGAAAAUACACGCAUUACUAUUUCAUCUGUUAUUCAAGUUAGUUAUGUUGCGGAGCAGUGUUCAGGUGAGAAAUCAAAAAAGUGGACAUUUAUAGGACGUACAAAUGUUUAGAAGAAUGCAUGCAGAAAAUGUGUGUCGAGAGGACGUCAGAUAUUAAACAUGAUCAAAUACCUUACAGAGAGCGAUCACGUCCGUUUCAAUCGGUGAAAAAUGAUAUCCGACUAUAUCCUGUAUUGAUCCCGCUAAGUGCAAGUCCAAAAUCCGUAUCCGACCUAGGCGAUUAAAUCCGUGAAACCUAUUUCCUGAAGCAUGAACGACGCCACGCUCUGUUCGACUUGAUCGACACCUCGAUAAUCCAAAUCCGUUAUAUCCUGCAUGAAUCCUGCGUAUCGUACAUUCUCCGUUUAAAAGAUCCCAAAGUGAUCCUCUUAAUAUUUCCAGCCAAUUUAUCCGUAUAUCCAUGAACGCUAAUUAUAUCCUGUCAGCAUCCUAAUCCCGCAAUUGACGAUUAUCCUGUUAUUCUCAUUUUAUUUUUGUCCCGUGAGAGAUCCUCAACAACUAGGGAGAGCCGUCGUUAAGAGAAGAGGUCCUCGUUAAGAUGAAGGAUUCCGUUUUUUUUUUUUUAAACAUUUUUCAACCCCGAACAGUUAUUUAUCCUCUUGAACGCGUUAGUCUCGACAGCAGUAAUAGUUCGUACUAUACA